GAGUAGAGGAGACUGCAGUGAGGGAACAGGGUGCUAAGAGGAGACAGAGCCAGAACUAUAAAGAGAAUGAAAUUUAUUUUCUGAUAAGGGGCCAUCACAGAAAGGCGAAACUGCACCUUACUUCCAUGGACUAUGAUUUUUUUCCAGCUCCCUUCUAGACUGGCUUCAUCUCUCCUUUGCGCUUCAUUGGAAUGUGCGCUGUAGCUUCUCCGGGACGCAGCUAAAAAGCAAGACAGCGGAGCUAGAACAGAAAAAAAUACUGAUGCUGUCCUUAAAACUCCUUUAUAAUGUCAAAAUGCAUCUCUUUUAAUGAGACAGAUUUCUCCGGAUGCCUUACACGUUUUUAAAGACUUUUACGCAUUUUGGAGACUUUUACCUCCCGAUUGAAGUGGGUGAUGGGAAUUGACAUUUUGCCUAUUAACAGGAGAUACGGUUAUUUAUAUAUAUAAUUUCUUGCUUUUUAUUUAUUUUUUUUUUUUACCGAAGUGCACUUGUUUUUCUGGCGAUGAUUGUGCUUUUGAUUGUCCUGUGCUUCACGGAUGGAGUGCUCUCUCAGAUACGCUACUCUGUGCCGGAGGAGGCGGACCAUGGCACCUUGGUGGGGAAUAUCGCCGAAGACCUGGGACUGGACCUUACCAAACUGGCCUCCCGCCGCUCCCGCCGCUUCCAGGUAGUGCCCAGCUCUCGCACACCGUACCUGGAGGUGAACCUGGAAAACGGCGUCCUGUUUGUUAACGAGAAAAUCGACCGGGAGCAGAUUUGCAAGCAGGGCGCCAGCUGCCAGCUCAACAUGGAGGUGUUCUUGGAGAACCCGCUGGAGCUGUUUCGGGUUGAAAUCGAGGUGGUGGACAUUAACGACAACCCGCCCAGCUUCCCAGAGACAGACAUUACGGUGGAGAUCUCCGAGAGUGCCACUCCGGGCACCCGUUUCCCACUGGAGAGCGCGUUCGACCCGGACGUGGGCUCUAACGCUUUACGCACGUAUGAUAUCACCACUAACAACUACUUCCACUUGGAUGUGCAGACCCAAACGGACGGAAACAAGUUCGCGGAGCUGGUCUUGGAGAAGCCACUGGACCGGGAGCAGCAGGCGGCGCACAGAUAUGUGUUAACAGCGGUGGACGGAGGUCAGCCUCCACGGACUGGCACUGCGCUGCUGGUGGUCAAAGUGCUGGACUCUAAUGAUAACGUGCCGGUGUUUGACCAGCCCGUCUAUACGGUGAGUCUCUCGGAGAAUGCACCCGUGGGUACGCUGGUCAUUCAGCUGAACGCCACCGACCUGGAUGAGGGACUGAACGGGGAGAUCGUUUAUUCCUUCAGUAAUCACAUCUCCAGUCGCGUAAAGGACUUGUUCAGCAUCGACUCACGCACCGGGCGCAUCGAGGUGCGCGGAGAGGUGGAUUUCGAGGAGAGCAACCUGUAUCAGAUCUUUGUCCAGGCCAAGGAUCUAGGGCCAAACGCCGUGCCCGCGCACUGCAAAGUGCUGGUCAAAGUUACCGACGUGAAUGACAACGCACCCGAGAUAACCUUCAGUACUGUUACCGAGUCGGUGAGCGAAAAGGCGGCUCCCGGUACCGUCAUUGCGCUGCUGAGUGUGACUGACCGGGACUCAGAGGAGAACGGACAGAUCCACGUGGAAAUCCUCGGUGAUGUCCCGUUCAAAUUAAAAUCUUCCUUCAGGAAUUAUUUCACCAUAGUGACCGACGGGCCGUUGAAUAGGGAGCAGGCAGACUCCUACUCCGUCACUGUGGUCGCGCGGGAUAAAGGGACACCCUCUCUCGCCACCAGUAAAUCUAUACGAGUCCAGGUGUCAGAUGAGAACGACAACGCGCCCACGUUUACUCAGCCUAUAUAUGACGUGUAUGUGACAGAGAACAACGUGCCAGGGGCUUACAUACACGCAGUAACGGCUCUGGACCCGGAUAUCGGGCAGAAUGCACUCAUCACCUACUCCAUAUUAGAAUGUGAUAUUCAGGGCAUGUCAGUCAAAACAUAUGUGUCAAUAAACGAGGAGACAGGCUAUUUGUAUGCACUCAGGUCCUUUGAUUAUGAGCAGCUGAAGGAUUUCACAUUCAUGGUCCAGGCCAGAGAUGGGGGCACACCAGAGCUCUUCUCCAAUGCCACAGUCAAAGUCAUCAUUGUGGACCAGAAUGACAAUGCCCCACUGGUGCUGGCCCCUCUGGGGAAAAAUGGCACAGCUAAGGAGCCCCUGCCCCGCUCAGCUGAGCCAGGCUACCUGGUGACCCGCAUUGUGGCUAUGGACGCGGAUGAUGGUGAGAAUGCUCGUCUGUCCUACAGCAUACAGAGGGGGAAUGAGAAUGGCAUGUUCAGGAUGGACUGGAGGACAGGUGAGCUAAGGACAGCGAGGCGGGUGUCAGCCAAGCGAGACCCCCACCAGUUGUACGAUCUGCUGAUUGAGGUGAGAGACCAUGGUCAGCCACCACUGUCCUCCAGUGCAAGCGUGCUGGUUAUGCUGGUGGACAGUGUGGCUGAAGGCCGUGGUGGUGGGGACCGAGCAGGCACUGCCAAGGCCAAAGACGGUACCCUCGACCUCACCCUGAUCCUCAUUAUUGCCCUGGGCUCAGUCUCCUUCAUCUUCCUCUUGGUCAUGAUCGUGCUGGCCGUGCGCUGCCAGAAGGACAAAAAGCUUAACUUUUACACCUGCCUGACCAGUGACUGCUGUUUGAGCUGCAGCUCUUGCUGCUCACGGCAGGGCCGGGCCCGUAAGAAAAAGCUCAGCAAGUCGGAUAUCAUGCUGGUGCAAAGUGCUGUUAACGUCAGUGGGGCUGGUACGGCUCAAGUCCCUGUGGAGGAGUCAGGGAGCUUCGGCUCCCACCAUCAAAACCAGAACUAUUGCUACCAGGUAUGUCUGACUCCUGAGUCUGCCAAAACCGACCUCAUGUUCCUAAAGCCGUGUAGUCCAUCUAGGAGCACAGACACCGAUCACAACCCGUGCGGGGCCAUAGUGACAGGGUACACAGACCAGCAGCCUGACAUCAUAUCAAAUGGCAGCAUUUUAUCAAAUGAGACCAAACACCAACGAGCUGAACUCAGCUACUUGGUUGACAGGCCGAGACGUGUCAACAGUUCGGCAUUUCAGGAAGCAGACCUGGUCAGCUCCAAAGACAGCGGCCACGGAGACAGUGAGCAGGGAGACAGUGACCACGACGCCACCAAUCGAGGCCAUUCCUCUGGUGCCGAUCUGUUCUCUAACUGCACAGAGGAGUGUAAGGCCCUGGGCCACUCCGAUCGUUGCUGGAUGCCGAGCUUUGUGCCCUCGGAUGGACGUCAGGGCCCGGACUACCGCAGCAACCUCCACGUGCCUGGCAUGGACUCAGUUCCGGACACAGAGGUAUUUGAAAGCCUAGAGCAAACGGCCGAUAAGUCAUUCUCCACCUUUGGCAAAGAGACAUCUCUCAGUCACCAACAUCUCCACCAUCAUCAAAACCACCAUCUCCAAAACCAUCACCUCAGCCACCGCCACGACUCCCUAGAGAGGAAAGAGUUGGAAGUAUUUCUGCCUAGCUCAAGAGCACCUUAUAACCCAGCUUAUUUAACGAGGAAAAGGGUUUGCUAGCUCCUUUCGCGUGGACAUACCGGAGACUGCGUGACUUUGCACAAUCACUGCCCGACGACCAAGGCUAUAUAAAAAAAAUUCAUCAAGUUUUCAGUCCAUCAUGCCCUCCCUACCCUUAUCCUUCUUCACUCAGCUAAAAGAAAAAAAAAAAGAACACUCAUGACUGCACCGAAAAUGAGAAACACUUCCCUUAAGGAACUACGUUUUCUCUGGAUUUCCUUGGAGCACUACUCGGCUUUGGAGGCUCCCUCUCCCUCGGGAUUAGGAGACGGUUGGACAUGGAGGAGGGUGUUAGGAGGUAAGGUGUGGCAGGGGGUGGAAUGGUUGAGUGCAGACAGGCAAGUAAACAGUUAGCCUUACCGGGAAGAGCCCAUUGUCUCAGCAGGACUGAGAAACUAAUAGAGGAAGAGGAAGGACGGCGAUGACAGAGAGAACAAACUGAUCACUGAUCUCUCCGUGCUUUUCCAAUCUGUGUGCCUGUUUACAGCACUGAUGUAUACAUCUUUGAGGAAAAUAAAACCAGAUGAAGACUGUAUGUGUUCAAAAAGACAAAUCGAAGCGAGAGCCACCCAGAGAAAACACCACUGAGCCCUUUAGGCGUCUGUACUCGCAGAGAGACGCCAAAUUGUACAGGAGAAUCUUUGUGCAUUUCAAAAUGCAAUACCACUGUUUUAGAUUUUUCUAUUUUGUUGUGUGGUCAGGUGUCUCUAUUCCAAUCUACUUCAAACUUUAUAUGAAAAUAUUGUGGGCAGGUUACUUUCUCUAUUUAUUUUUUUGGUUUUUGUGUUCUGUUCAUUUUUUGUUCUCUCUCUUUGGGUUUGGUUUGUUCACCACAUCGUGGGCUUGGACAGUGUUUGGCCUACACUUUCUGAUUCUGCAGCAUCAAGUAGUUUCUAUCAUGUGUAAGAAGUGUUUACUGUACUCUUUUAAGAAGUUUUGAGCUGAAUAUAAAACUCUAUAUAUAAAUUUAUCUAUAACUACUUAGGCUAUCCAUUUGCUGGGUUCCACAUUCUGAUUCCAAGGUUUGGCUGCUGUUUAAGUUCCCUUGAAGAAGGUUUGCUGUUUUUCCUCAGUGAGAGACAUAAAAAGGAACAGAACAGCCUUAGCAGAUGUAAAACUCAAGCUCUCAUUGUUUGGCUUUUUUUUGUCACUUUUGGAUACUGAUAAAGAUUAUGUCUAUAAAUAAAAAGAAGGUAAUAAUUUAGAUUGAAGUACAUGAUAAUUCUGUGUCAUUAUAACCAAAACUUUAAGGGUUCAUUUUUAAUGAGACAACAAAAACAUGGCCAAAUGCAAAAGGUGUUGUUGACGUUGCAGUUGGAAUCAAGUAUAAACACAUUUCUUUCCGCAUAUUACAAACACAAACACACCAAUAUGCCAACAAUAAACUGAAAAAUGGUGAAAAGGAAGGUGUCAUGUGCUUUAUUUUGAUGCAUUUUGUGGUUGUACUAGAAAAAGUCAGACUUGAGGUCAUCUGCCACCAAAGUCAAGAGUACAUAUACUGUAUGAGAAUAAACUGCUCUGGAGUCACACCCCUUUAUAGACCCCGAAAACACCUGGAUCACUGUGUGACAGUUUGUCUUUGCUCAUUUGGUUAAGUGUACAUUUGUCAUUUGUCAGAGAAGUUGUAAAAUUACAAGACAACAUCAACUAAGGCAUGCACUGCAUUAUUACUUCAUUUGCUGACCCUGUGUCAACAUGUGUAAAUACAUUGUGGUUAUUCAGCAGUCUUCAAAAUUCAUGUUUUCAAGAUGUGCAUAUAGUAGCUGCACAGUUUGGAGAUGCUUGUGCUUUAUUUUCAUUUUAUGCUACUUUUUGCUAUCUACCAGCUACAACUGAGAGUUUACAUACAGAGCAUGCGAGCUUAUAGAGGGCAUUGCAUUGGUACUGUUGGAAGCUGUAUGCAGGCAGUCAAAUAAAUGUCCAGCAUCUAAAGUAGUACAUGCAGUAUGUACUACAUAUAUUCAGAGGCAAACUAAAUACAUGAACAUGUAAGCAUUAUUUUAAUACUAACAGUGUUAUAUAAUUUUUCCAUCAAUGCUAUGGAGUGUCUAUAAUUUGAUAUGUGAGGUUUUUUAAUCUAAAAACACAUAUUUCCAUUUCACCACCUCAAUCUUAUUUUUUUCUUUACUGUCCAUUUUUGCUACAUUUGCUUCUCAGACAUUGACAUGCAAUGUUUAGCUUUCAUUCCAGAUUUAAAACUUUCAGCAUCUCAGUAGGAUGGGACACAAUUUUCUAAUGUGAAGAAAUACACUGCUCAAAAAAAGUAAAGGGAACACAUCAGAUCUAGGAUGUCUUAAGUUGUGUUCCCUUUAUUUUUUUGAGCAGUAUAUAUUUUGUUAACACAUAACUCCUGAAUGAUGUCACUGAGCUGACAUGGCAUGUCAAGUCUUCAAGGGAGAACAUGUUCACUCAUUAACUGUCACUAACAAAGGAAUCUGUGCACAAAUGUGUACAGACUGGUGGAUAUGAGGCAGAUUAUGCGCAUGACAAAUCAGUUUUGGUGCUUGGUGGUCGGCUCUGGCUUGUUGGCAGUGUCCUGCAGCGUUUACCACACCACAGACACACAUAUGGCAGACUUUUAUUACAGGCUGAGUGUUGUCAUUUUGGUUAU